AUGUUGAACUUCGCUCGUUCCAAGAAGCCCGAGUGCUCUAAAUCCCUUGGCCCAGAAGAGACAGACAAAACUUCCCCGCAGACACCGGUCAUAUUCCAAGUAUUUUCGCCACCAGUUCAGCGGAAUUUCUCCUACCCCAUUAAUGUGUCGGCCGGGACAAAUAGUUCAUCCUGUCCCAAUACAUCUGAUAUUGGCCAAUCGAUUUGCGACCUCUCUCCGGAUAAUAUUUCAAAGGCCAUUGCUGCUGAUCCGGACGACCCAUUCUUGUACAUUGCUGAGCCGGUCGAAUGUAUUCGUUCGGUGAAGAAGGACGAUCGACCUCGGACUUCGUCUCGGAUUUUUGGCCGCUUCAACUUUCAGGUCCCAUUCAAGGAAGAGCACAAGUCCCACAAUAAACAGCGAAGGAGCACAAUACUCGGGCUUUCGAUACCUCAGGCCCAGAACACUCCGCUCGUAGACUCGGCUCCCCAUACACUUCAGUUGAAGGAAACGAAAGUGUCCAAAGGCCAAUCAUCGGGUGACCUUUUAUUGUCACGUAAAAUAAUUGCAGUUGGCAGAUUGAAGAGAAACUCUUUGGGUCAACACAAAGUUGUCAAAUCUAUUGAUGUCUCUAAUCCAUCCGAGUCGCAUAUUGAAAAGCUGCUACGCCCUGCUUCCAGUUCAGAAGAUACCAGCAUUGACACCCGGAUCAGCGAGCUGGUCUUAAUAAAAGACGAAUCACUUCUCACAAUAACAGACAAGGAAUGUAUCAGUAUCACAAUUGAUGCCUUGGACAACUCUUUAUCAGAAGAGACACAGAAAAUAUUACCGAAACCCAGAAUGGACUACAUGCACCGCAGAGAUUCCCCGCAGAAUACAGCAACUGUUGGAGGUAGACAGGGAGACGCAAAUACAGGCUCUGGAGGUUGCAAGGAAAAAGAACGUAGAGGAGGAUGGUUCUCACACAUCAAGGAGUGGGUGUCAACUUCUGAACCUUCAACGAAGGCAUUGAAGGAUUAUAAGAGAGAUGCGUUCAAACGAGCAGGUACUACUCCAAACGACCCGCUGGCAACUGUAAAGCUCCAUAUCUCACCAAUUUCUUUGCCACCCGAAGCUAUUAAACCAUGCGGACGAGGACUUGACCCGGAAGAAAUUGUACGAAGAAAGGCAGAGCAGAAGAGAAAACAGCGGCAGUCAUUCCAGACAACGGCGAGCUCAUCUGGAGGAUCUCGAACGAGCGCUAGUCAGCAUUCGUCGCUGAACAGUCUGGCUCUGAGGGAGCUCAAAAGUGACGCUUAG